GACAGCAGUGUCCUCAUCACCGCUGGUUUCAGCGGCCAUCUUCUCUCUCCGGCAUCUUCAGUGUCUGUAGUCUCUGGUCAUCUCCUGUACUAUGUCCGCAGUCUCUGGUCAUCUCCUGCGCUGUGUUCGCAGUCUCCGGUCAUCUCCUGCGCUGUGUCCGCAGUCUCCGGUCAUCUCCUGCGCUGUGUCCGCAGUCUCCGGUCAUCUCCUGCGCUGUGUCCGCAGUCUCCGGUCAUCUCCUGCGCUGUGUCCGCAGUCUCCGGUCAUCUCCUGCGCUGUGUCCGCAGUCUCCGGUCAUCUCCUGCGCUGUGUCCGCAGUCUCCGGUCAUCUCCUGCGCUGUGUCCGCAGUCUCCGGUCAUCCCCUGUGUCCGCAGUCUCCGGUCAUCUCCUGUACUGUGUCCGCAGUCUCCGGUCAUCUCCUGUACUGUGUCCGCAGUCUCCGGUCAUCUCCUGUACUGUGUCCGCAGUCUCCGGUCAUCUCCUGUACUGUGUCCGCAGUCUCCGGUCAUCUCCUGUACUGUGUCCGCAGU